GUUUGAUGAAUCCAUUCUAGUGAAUGUGUCUAUUUUAGGAAACCAUAUGGCCUGAUCUGGUGGCCUGAUUGAUGCCUGCAGAUUUUUCACCGCCAAAUCUAUUCGAAAAAUUGAGGGCAAAAUCCAACAUUCCGUGAGAUUGAAACCUCUCCAGAGUCUAUUCAGUCCCUCGCAUUCCUUUCCAUCCCUUUCACAAUGAAGCGCAAGACAGAUGGAAGAGAUUCCCUCGGCGGCAAAGACCAGCCCGAGUCCAAGAAGCGCGCUUUGUCCAGUGAAGAAGCCGCUGCGCGCUUCCGUGACGGCUUGUUCGAGCCGUCGGUCCUGAAGGACUAUACCGAGCAAUAUGCCCAGUCUGCUCCGUAUGUCGCCCAUUCUACUCUUGGUCUGGCAUUUAACGUUGAGUGAAGCUAACCCCAGGUCCAAAGGUACAAGCAUGGAGUCAUUCACCCCCUCAUCGAGCCCUCCCUCCUGCGCGCCGUCCGCGACGAAAUCCAGGCCCAGGUGCAGUUCACCGAGAAGGAAACCGACAUCUACAAGAUCUUCCAAUCUGGCGACUUGGCCAACCUGGACGGUCUCGACGAUGCCUCUCUUGCGAAACUGCCCUCCAUCCUCAAGCUGCGCGACGCCAUGUACUCUGCCCGCUUCCGUGAGUUCCUCUCGAAGGUCACCGGCUCUGGAAAGCUGAGCGGACAAAAAACCGACAUGGCCAUCAACGUCUACAACGAAGGCUGCCACUUGCUCUGCCACGACGAUGUUAUCGGAAGCAGACGCCUGUCCUACAUUCUCUAUCUCACCGACCCCGACCAACCUUGGCAGGCCGAAUGGGGUGGCGCACUGCGUCUGUACCCCACGACGACCAAGAAGGAUGCGAACGGCGACGAUGUCCUAAUCCCCAGCCCGGACUACUCCCUCAGCAUCCCUCCCGCCUUCAACCAGCUCAGCUUCUUCACCGUCCAGCCCGGAGAGAGUUUCCACGACGUCGAAGAAGUCUACCACCCGAAAGACAACGAAGACAAAUCCAAGAAGCGCGUGCGCAUGGCCAUCAGCGGCUGGUUCCACAUCCCGCAGGAAGGUGAAGACGGCUACGAAGCCGGCUUGGAGGAGAAGCUCGCCGAGCGAAGCAGUCUGGCCCAGCUCCAGGGCCGCGGCGACAUCUACGACCUCCCGCAGCCCAAGACCGUCGAGUGCGAGAACGAGGACGAGCAACAACCCGAGGAAGGAGGCAAGGGCAAGGGCAAGGCGAAGGUGGAAGAGGAGCCCACGCCCGAAUUCACAGAAUCCGACCUCGCAUUCCUGAUCCAAUACAUCGCCCCAUCCUACCUCACCCCCGACAUCGCCGAGGAAAUGUCCGAGACCUUCUCUAACGAGUCGUGUCUCAGUCUGGAACGAUUCCUUUCGGAGAAAUUCGCUACUCGUGUUCGGACCUACAUUGAAGAGCAGGAGAACAAGAGUCUGCCCAAAUCCUCCGACGAGAUCCUCGCCCAGACUGGAUGGACGGUCGCCCGUCCCCCCCACAAACAGCGCUACCUGUUCCAGCAACAUGGCACCGCGACCCAGGACCAGAAGUCUCCGAUCCAGGAACUCCUCGACGACCUUUUCCCUUCCCGGGCGUUCCGCAAGUGGCUCGCGCUUAUCACCGGCGCGGACCGUAUCACCAGCUACGACUACCUGGCGCGUCGCUUCCGCAGAGGCCAGGAUUACACCUUGGCCAGUGGAUAUGAUGGAGAACAGCCCCGUUUGGAGCUGUCGCUUUGCUUGACGCCCACUCCGGGCUGGGAGAAGGAGGACGACGAGGAGGAGGAGGAUCAGGAUCAGGAUCAGGAAAUGGGCGAGGGUUCCUCGGAGGAGCAGAAGAAGAAGGCGGUCAAGCCCAAGAAGGAUGAAGGAGCCGUCGCCAACGGCGACGCCGAGGAGCCUUCGGUGGGUGGAUACGAGAUCUACAUGGCCGGUGACGACGAGGAAGAGGGCGAUGCAGCGAUCUACCGGUCCGCAGGCGCCGACGAUGAUGACGGCAUUCUCUUCAGCACUGCCGCCGGAUGGAACCGACUCAGCAUUGUGCUGCGCGACAGCGGCACCCUGAAGUUCGUCAAAUAUGUCAGUGAGGCUGCCAAGGGUGACCGUUGGGAUAUCACGGGUAACCUGGGAGUUGAAUUCGAGGAUAAUGAUGACGAAGACGAAGAUGAUGAAGAUGUGGAUGAUGAUGACGUUGAAGAGGAGGAUGAGUGAAACAGAAAAAAAAAAGUCGUAUAUUUUCCCUCAAUUGUACAUACUACGCAACGUGAUGAACCCCAAAACAAUAUUGACAAAAAUAGAUACAAUCAUGAUUCCUUGUGUAAACGCCCCGAAACACACACUCACACAGCCCAUCGCAUCCCACAUACCCAAUCCAAUCAGAAUUACAUAGAAGUAGGCAGCAACGAUAUACCCAAAACACCGCAGGAUCAAUC